CGCGCGCGCGCUACAGCCUCGUUAAAACCCGCGUCGUUCUCACACACACUUCCACCAUCUCCAUCAGUGUGCACCACCACGAGAGCGGUGGCUAUGCAGCCAUGCGGGCGCCGUCUCCUCGGCGCCGGCACCGCCUCGCCGCCGCCGCUGCCGGGCUUGGGUUCGGCUUCGGCCCACUCGAUGGACCGCGCGCAGCGGGCGCACAUGGUGCGGGCGCUGGGGGUGACCACCACGGUGCUCUUCGUCGCCAGCGUCUCCUACAUCGCGCUCACCGCGCUCUACGCCUGCUUCUGCGACGGCGGCGGGCGGCGACGGCGAGAAGACGGCGGGUCGUCGUCGGUGCGCCCCGAGCCGUCCGAGGAGACCAAGCGCGCGCUCGACGGGAUCCCGGUGCACGUGGUCCAGAUGCCGCCCCGCGACGGCGGCGGCGGCGGCGCCGACGAGGAGGGCGGCAGCGGCGACUGCGCGGUGUGCCUGGCGGAGUACGCCGCCGGGGACGAGGUGCGCGUGCUGCCGGCGUGCGGGCAUGGGUUCCACAGGGAGUGCGUCGACCGGUGGCUGCUCACGCGCGCGCCCACCUGCCCCGUCUGCCGCGCACCCGUCGUCGCGCGCGUCGAGGGCCCGGACGACGACGCCAAGGAGGAUUACUGCGGCGACGGCGAGAGCGUCGAGAGGCACGGCGGCGGCGGCGGCGACAUUGGCUUCCUGUCCGUCGCCGGCGAGUCCCGCGUGCUUCCUGCGAUUUGAUUUUGCUACGAGUACUCAUCAGCUGUAAUAGGGUACUUAGUAGGUGUUUAGCUCAAUUUUGCUAGCUGUGGACAAACGUAGCUUAGUAGGAUGAUUCGAGUUUGUUUAUUGGCGAGAGCAAUAACGAUCAUACGAGUAGUUUCACUUUCAGGGUUACAAGUUCAUGUGCGAUCAAUCUGGUUAUUUAGUUAUUAUACCUUCUUAAAAUUUC